CCGGAUAAAUCUGCUGGUGCUGUUGGACAGAUCAAAAAUGUCCACCCUGCUGGAUGAGACGGCAGCAGACGUGCCGGUCAGAGACAUGGCGGUGAACCUGUCCAGACUUUCUGCUGCUCAGCACGAUCCAGCGGUGUACCAGAAUGCUCGGACCCGGCAGGACAUCUCACAGGUGUCCCGGGAGGAGCUGGAGGACCGGUUCCUGCGCCUCCAUGAGGAGACUCUGCUCCUCAAACAGCAGAUUCACCGACAGGACGACAAGAUCAAGAAACUGGGCACUAAACUGAUGCGUUUGGUGAAGGACCGUGGUCGUAUGGAGCAGCUGGCGGUGGGCGGCGCUCAGCCCGUCUCGAAGAUUCGUGACGUGGAGAUGGAGGAGAUGAUGGAGGAGCUGCAGGAGAAGGUCCGCAGCCUGCAGGGGGAGAACGAAGGACUGAAGCAGCGCCUCCUGGUGGCCAAACAGCAGCUCAUGAACACUCAGAGCAGGAGGCCGACGCCGUACGGAUACGUCCAGCCUCGAGUGAACUCAGGACUAAAGAGGCUGAGAGACGACGCCUCCUCGCCGUCUCAGACACGACCAAAGAGUACGAGGAGUCUGGAGGGAGCAGGGAGACCCCCGACCGGAGUCCUACCUCGAUACGGACACAACCUGCUGGAGGAGGCCCGGGCAGAGAUACGAAACUUGGAGAACGUGAUCGAGCUGCAGAGGAGCCACAUGGAGGAGGUGGAGGGAGCAUCGGAGCUGCUGAGGGACGAGCUGAGGAGGAAGGAGGCCGAGUACGAGGAGAGACUCCUGCAGGCCCGCCAGGAGCAGACCUCCAAACUGAGGUCUCAGGUCAGCAGCAACGUGACGAUGAUCAAACUACAGAAACAGCUGACGGAGCGAUCAAACACGGUCACCGAGCUGGAGGGGAGGUUUCUGCAGAUACAGGAGAGUCAGCAGACGCUGAGGGCGAGCCACGACGCGGCGAUGCUGAAGGUGGACGAGCUGUCGGCUCAGCUGAGGGACGAGAGGAUGAAGAGUUUGGACCUGGAGAAACAGCUGCAGAGCUCCAGCAUCUCAAAGUUAAAGAUGGAGCAGCUGCAGGAGCGAAUCAGUGAGCUGGAGCAGGAGAGAGACGUGCUGAAGGACGACAACCACAAACUCCUCAGCAGUGCGUUCGACGUGUCCCGUCAGCAGAAGUGGCAGAUCCAGGAGCAGCAGCUGAAGCUUCAGAUCGCUCAGCUGGAGACGGCGCUGCAGGCCGACCUCGUCGACAAGAACGAGAUCCUGGACAAGAUCAAGGCUGAGAGAGGCGUGAGCGAGAAGCUGAAAGAGGAGAAUAAGAACCUCCAGAUUCAGUUUCUGGAGCAGAAGCAGCAGCUGGACGAGCUCAGCGAGCGCCUCAGGUUUUACAGCAGAGAGAGCGAGUACGACGCGUCUGAACUCACCGAGGCUCUGCUGCUGGUGAAGACCCGUAAAUCCCAGCAGAGCGGGGGUCUGGGCUUCCUGAAGGACGAGGAGGACGGUCCGAGCUCGGUCAGAGAGCUGAGAGCGGCUCACGCUGAAACCAUCCAGGAGCUGCAGAAAACCAGGAACCUGCUCAGCAUGGAGGGCAGGAUCAGCCGGGACUACAAGGCUGAGCUGGAGGCGGUGAAGAAGAGGAUGGAUGCUGACAGAGCUGAACGGGAGCAGAAGCUGCAGAGACAGGCUCAGCUGCUUGACACCAGGGCGGCAAAGAUCAGCAAACUGGAGGCUCAGCUCAGAGAAAUUGCCUACGGGACAAAGACCUACGUGUUCAAACCGGAUGAGGGCGCUGAGGAGGAUUCAGGCGAGUUCGACGAGGCCGUUCACCUGGAGCGAGGAGAGAACGUUCUGGAGCUGCAGAUCGUCGGAGCGUCUCUGUCUGCAGACGCCCUGGUGGCUCUGGGAGACUCUGAACCCUCCACCUUCUGCACCUACUCCUUCUACCUGUUCGAGCUUCACGCCACGCCGGUGGUGACCGGAGUCAAGCCGUCGUACGGCUUCACGUCCAGGUACGUGGUGAGCGUGGACGACGACUUCCUGAACUACCUGCAUGGACAGUCGGUGAGCGUGGAGCUGCAUCAGGCUCUCGGUCUGGACUGGACCACACUGGCCCAUGGUGAGCUCCGCCUACAGCCGCUCCUGGAGCAGGAUGGGAAAGUCCACGGGACCAUACCGCUCAUAGGUUUGUCUGAAGAUUCUCGGUCCUUCGGCUCGUUGGAUUAUUGGCUGAGGCUGAGGAUCCCGAUGACAGAGGCCAUCGGUCUGUACAAAGAGAGGCUGAAGGCCGUCGGCUUCAUCAGCACGGCGCUGAGCCAACAAACACGGCCUCUCCCCUCCAGCAGCAGCAUGACGGGUCAGAACGAGCUCCUCAUCACGGUCCAGUGCUGCAGAGAUCUGAAGUCCACAACCUCGGACCAGCCGAGUCCUUACGUGGUCUACAAGUUCUAUGACUUCCCCGACUACCCAACCGCCACGGUCCAGGACUCCAGACAACCCCACUUCAAUGACGCCAAAUCGUACCCGGUCCACAUGGAUGUGGACCUGCAGCAGUACCUGCAGACGGAGUCCCUUCAUGUCUACGUGUUCGACUACAAAGAGGAGAGGAUGGACACGUACGUUGGGAAGGCUCGAGUCCCUCUGCUGCCUCUGAUCAAUGACCACAACGUCUCUGGUGAGUUUGAGCUGAACGACCCCACAGGACUUCCUGCUGGACAGAUCGAAGUCUCUCUGAGGUGGAGGUCCACGUACCUGGCUCCUCCUGGAUCCAACCUGACAGCGGAGGAGUCGGAGCUCGUUCAGGAGGAGAGAGAGGAAGAGGAGGACAGGGAGGUUCUUCAUCCCUUCUCCUCUCUGCCAGACGUCUCUGCCUCUAAGGUCAGACAGGCUCCGCUCCCAAAGCUCAGACAUAAAUCUCUGCUUAAAGACGGACUGACGGCUAAGAGAGUCACGUUUGUGGAUCCAGCAGCAGCAGAAACUACUCUCCAGGUGGAGGAGAAGAGCUCAGCAGGUCACAGAGAGAUGACAUCAUCACCUGUUCAGGUAAACCAGGUUGUGUCUGAAGCUCCUCCUGCUGCUAAAACCACCACAGAAGAAGAAGAAGAUGAAGAGUCUCAUGUGUCUGAGGGACAGUUGGUCCCCGUCAGCUCUCUGUCCGUCUCUGACGACUCUGACAUCUCUGAGGAGAUCAUGGAAGAUGAGAAAGGAGCCCCAGCUGUCGGGGUCGAUCAGAGCGAAUCGACUCAGUCAGACAGCGAUGACUGUAUCGUUCAGAGAGCCGCCACAGGGAGGAAGCCCUCGGAGCGUCUGCGGGUGGAGGUCGUGUCUCUGAGCCUGCGGUCGGGCUCUCGGGUGGCGAAGGAUCGCAGCGUGGUGCGUCUGUUCGUGGAAUAUUCUCUGCUGGACCUGCCCACCGUGGAGACGCCGCUGUCCCUGCCUAAACCGCCACAGGGCAAGAGCAUCAACUACAACUACAGCAAAGUUGUUCCUGUAGAUGCUGAGAACAACGCAGAGAGGCGUCGUCUGCUGAGGAGAGUCCUGCAGGGACGAAACCCUCCAAUGGAGAGAAUCCGCUUCACGUUGGUGAGUGAGCCACCAGAGGAAGAGGAGCAGGAGAGAGAGUGUGAGGAUGUGGGCGUGGCCUCCAUCAGGAUCGCUGACGUCCUGGAGAGACGUGAAGACCUGACUGAGACCGAGCUGACCGUGGUGGACCUGAAGGACAGCAGCGAGGUGGUCGGCAGUCUGGUCGUGUCUGUGAGGGGACUGUGA